UGCGGUAUCCCCGCGGUUAGGGCGUGCAGUUCCUCGUGUCUCGUGCGCGCUCGUGGCAUUUUUUAACCGCAAUACAACAAUUAAACUCUAAACAAACAAACAAUAAUUGCCCCCUCAAAGUGUCCCCCCCGAAGUGAACAAGUGACUAAAAAAAAAGCCCCCGGAGAGGCCCGGAGCCCCGAAAACCCAAUCGCCAAGAAAUAAAAAUUGUUUGGGUGACGACGUUUUUUUUUCUCUCUCUCUCUCUCUUCCCCCCAACUAAUUUUUUGUGUGUGGAUUGCGCGCAUUGGUUGUGUGUGGUGCGAAGGCAAGUUCGUCGGACCGUGUCGGCGACGCGGUACACGGAGGUGAAUGCACGACGGCGGUGCUCCCCCCCCUCCCAUAUGUGUGAGUGUGUGCGCGCGCGAGAACGCCAGCGGAGCUGAAAACCGAAAAAACCCUCCCAACACCAUCGAAAAAAAAGAAAAAAAAAACAAUCCCCACAAAAAUCGCUCCGCGAGGAGUCGAGCGGAGGGUGGUGAUCCCCCAAGUGCAGGAAAAUCCCGAGUGACAAACUCCGUCGUUGAAAUUGUUGACGUUUGCUCCACAUACCAGCAAAAUAGCAACAACGCCUCCCUCCAAGCCUCCAUUUCCCUCGCAACAGUGUUCCCGAUAAAUGCAUCAUUCAUGCAUCGCGGUUGCCGGAGGAAAACAAAUACCCAGUGAUUAAAAUCGGAGUGACGAGUGCCCCAAAGUGACUGAAAAAAUUACCGCAGGUGGGCCACGAGUUCGAGGAAGACGUCAGUGCAGUUUGCGGAUAAACUGUCGCCUCGAAAGCUGUUAAAAAACCUGCUCCACGUUUUGUUGUUAUUUUGCCGCGGUGCUUUUGACCCUUUGGCGGGCGAGUUCACUGGGAGCAUUGCCGCGGGGGUGUUCGGUGCCUUCGUGCGUAGCGACGCAAGCGGUCACGAUCGCCGUCAUCCCCCUGUUGUCCCCCUCACGCAAUAUCGGCGACGAUAAAUCGAGGUGGGGAAAAAAAAAAAAAUUGAGUGCCCAGUGCUGUUGGGAAAAGUGGGUUGACAGUGUGAAAUAAGCCGAGUGCCUCGGUGCACCUGGUGAACAGCCAGAGGGAGGGUAAACACGGGUGAACGUUGUUGCUGACUCCGGGGACAGAGAGACGCGACAUAACGUACCACGUGAUUCGUUGUCAGGCAGAAUAAACGUUGAGGCAUGCUCUCGUUCCUUGAUUGCAUCGUCAUAACCUGGCGCCGGGGUGUGUGACAGCAGUGAGGACAAGUGUUCUACCGGUGGGAGCAGAGGAUUGAUGAUUGAUACAACCUGGAGCAUGAUUUUCGGGCGCGUCGCGCGUAUCGCACGUAAUGUCGCCCCUGUCUCGGGUUUAAUGGCUGUAAAUCCGGGGAUUUGAGACGGCGGCGGAGGGUCUCAGGGUGUUUUGGUGCUCGGAUACACGUGCCAGUCGGGCCAACGGCUCUGGAGAUUGUGCAGUGAUUCUGUUGUUUUUGUGACGGGGCCUUUUGGGAGUUGUUCAGUGCGUGGUAACUAGUGAUGUUCUGGUGACCUGUGUGGAUUAAGUGGCCACGACGGGGAGAAGCUCUGGAGAGUUUGAGAUCUAAACAACGUCCCUCUCCCCCCCGAAAGGACAGGAUAUUGUUCACCAACACCAAGUGAAUAAAAUCAACAAUAUUUCGUAUGCAAUCUAAGGCAAGUAGAAAGGGCGAAGGCCGCGGAAGGGGGUACAGCAGGAGAAAAUUGUAUCCAAGAAGAAAUAAAUCAUCAGUGCGUUUGUCGUUUUACUGGUGUUACAAUCGGACUUUGAUAAAAUCAUUGUCCAAGUGAUUGAUAGUAAAUAUCAUUGCCGAGUUGGAAGUUACGAGUGAAUAUCACGUUGAAUAGUAAAAUCUGUGAGGAAAGGGGAAGUGGAGGUCUGUGCGGUGAACAAUAAUAGGACACGAUUAUUUUUUUAUUUAAUCGUGGCCGUGUCUGUGCGCGCGUGUGUGUGUGAGAGUUUGGUGUGUUGACACGAGUCCUGAGUGGAAUAAGAAGGGCUGCUGGAGGGUGGAGGGGCCUGGGGAGCUCCAUGUUGUGAGCCCUUGGAGAUCUGCCGCUGGCAGUGGUGAAAAAGUGGGUCCGUUGGUAUGGAGUAUGGCGGCGGCGCCGGUGGAGGCCGCGGGGGCGUCCAGCAAACGACUGGUGCACGCGGUAUCACAGGCACCGAUACGACCGACGCCGCGUGGCACAAACAUGAGCAAAUGAUACUCAUGGAGUCGUCGAGGCACAAGCAACAAUUGAGUGGGAGAACGGGUACCGGUGGUGCACCAUUGUACGGACGUCUUGUAGCCGAGGAGCCAGCAGUAUGUGGUACAGGUGCUGGGGGUGUACCCCAGGAAACCCCAGCGGAUAUUCACGCUAUGCAGGCGAGGAUACCCCACAGGUUUCGGGAUCCAGCGACUGCUCCCCUACGAAAGCUCAGUGUUGACCUCAUAAAGACCUACAAGCACAUCAACGAGGUUUACUAUGCGAAGAAGAAGAGGAGAGCGCAACAGAUGCAGGGCGAGGAUGGGUCGCACAAGAAGGAGAGGAAACUCUACAACGACGGCUGGGACGACGACAACCACGACUAUAUCAUUAAGAAUGGUGAAAAGUUCUUGGAUCGAUAUGAGAUUGAUUCGUUAAUAGGUAAAGGUAGCUUCGGCCAAGUAGUAAAAGCAUUUGACCACGAAGAGCAGACACAGGUAGCAAUAAAAAUCAUCAAGAAUAAAAAACCCUUCCUCAAUCAAGCGCAAAUCGAAGUUAGGUUAUUAGAAAUGAUGAAUAGAGCGGAUACCGACAACAAGUAUUAUAUAGUUAAACUGAAAAGGCACUUUAUGUGGCGAAAUCAUUUGUGUCUGGUAUUCGAGCUGCUGUCUUAUAACCUCUACGACCUACUUAGAAAUACGAAUUUCCGUGGGGUGUCAUUGAACCUCACGAGGAAGUUUGCGCAACAACUGUGUACUGCCCUACUGUUCCUGUCCACACCGGAAUUGAACAUCAUUCACUGUGAUCUGAAGCCCGAGAAUAUUCUUCUCUGCAAUCCGAAGAGGAGUGCGAUUAAGAUUGUGGAUUUUGGGAGUUCGUGUCAAUUGGGGCAGAGGAUAUACCAAUAUAUACAGUCUAGGUUUUAUCGAUCACCCGAGGUUUUACUCGGUAUUCCAUAUGAUCUGGCGAUAGAUAUGUGGAGUUUGGGGUGUAUUCUAGUGGAAAUGCAUACAGGGGAACCUCUGUUCAGCGGGGCUAACGAGGUCGAUCAGAUGAAUAAAAUAGUGGAGGUGCUGGGUAUGCCACCGAAGCACAUAUUGGACCAAGCGCACAAAGCGCGGAAGUACUUUGACAAACUCCCAACGGACGGUUCUUACGUACUGAAAAAGUCCAAGGACGGUAAAAAGUACAAAUCCCCUGGUUCCCGAAGACUACACGAUAUACUGGGAGUUGAGAGUGGUGGUCCAGGUGGUAGAAGGUUAAAUGAACCAGGCCACUCAAUAUCCGACUACCUCAAGUUCAAGGAUCUUAUACUUAGAAUGUUGGAUUUUGAUCCGAAAACGAGGGUAACGCCUUAUUACGCGUUACAGCACAAUUUUUUCAAGAGAACGGCCGAUGAGGGGACCAACACAAAUAUUGCUGCUGCCAAUAGUGCUAAUACGAGUCCAGCGGUGGUUGCUAUGAGCCAGGACAGUGGACUGGUAACAAUGUCAGGGCAGGGUAGUGGCAGUAGUAGCAGCUUGAUGCAAGUGCCAAGCCUACCUGGUGUAUAUCAACCGAUGGAGUGUGAAUCAUCACCACGUCAAUGUGGUAAUCGUCGUAUUAACACGACCCUAUAUCCAUCAGCAGCAUCAGCCACUGAGGUAUCAACUACCUCAGCCCCAACGUCCAUGCAGUCAAUGGACAAUUCACGGAUACAAAGCUCUCUUGGCACUUACAACAGCCUCAUUCUCCCUGGUAUGGGGCAUUUACCGGCUAUGAUGACAUCACCUAUGAUACCGCAACAAAAUUUUUACAACUACAGUUAUGGGGGUAAUGAUGCACAUGGUAUUGUUAGACAACCAACGUCAGUUGCAACGAGCAAACAGAGAGAUCCAGAGCGCGAGGACAGUCCAAUGGUUGGUGUUUGUGUACAACAGAGUCCAGUUGCUAUACAUUGAAAUUCAUUUUUCAUUAAUUAUUCGUACAACUGGAAUUUCAAAUUUUUGGUAAACACGGAAGGGGGGGGGGUAACACUAUAAAUUGAUGAAAUUGUUUUCGACAUGCAAUUUUAGAAAAUGUUGAUCUUGGUGAAGACAAUUAACACGACACGUAGAGCAAUCUUGACGAUUGUUUACAAUAGAUAUGACAAUUAAUCCUCGAACAGACUCGAGGAUCAUCGACAAUGGUUUAUGGAAUGACUUGAAUAUGUAGUAAAUUUGGUGAAGGCAAGGGAAUUGUUGGAGAAAUUUGUUUUUUUCUGUUUUUACCAAUGUGACGAGUGGGCCCCGACGUUGGGCGAUGAGUAAUGACGUGUGAAAAAUGUAUAAAUACGAGGUAACCAGGGGGAAAGCAACGGCCUAGUGAGGAUGAACCCAACUGGCCUCUCGGGCCCCGCCCGAUUAACAAAACAGACACUUAAAGAAUCAAGUUUAGUCGGUACAUUAAUUUAAAAAGAAACCAUGAAAAUUGAUUAACUAAUGGAGUUGAAUAAAAACGAAUAAAACCACAAAUGAGAUGGCAUCAGUUAUUGUGUGGCCUAGAGAGCAAAAAAAAAGUGAUAACUACUAUUAUUAUCGGAUAAAAUAAAAGAAUUAUAUAUAUAAACGAUGUAACCAUGUACUCCGAUAGAGUUUUAUACACGAUGUCACGAAUGUAAUGGUUUUAGCAAAUAAUUGUCGAGAGACAGACGCAUUGAAUGCUAGUUAUUUGUACAAUACACAUAGGUGAAUGAUAUAAAAUAAAAUAAAUAAAAAACAAGAGUGCAGCUUUAGGGUUUAGCUUUUAAAUACUAAAGUUAUGUGGGAAAGAGAGAGAGAGGAGUUCGUAAAAAGAUGAAAAAAAAAACAACUCGAGACACUUUUAUUUACUUCGAAUGAAAUUUUUUGGAAUGAGUGGGACUUUUGGAAUAAAUAAAUUGGUAAUGGGUGAGUGGGGAAAAUAUUUUGUGAGUGUGUGGGUUAUGCACGUGGAGGGUGCAAACGUGCUGUUUGUUGCUGAACAAGGACUCUAAACAAACGGUGUUUGCCCGGCUUAACAAUACAUAUUUAUACAUAAAGAUGGAGAAAAAAACACAAAAAAAUGCAUUAAUAAGAAAGUUAAAAAAACGUAUACAUGUAAGAUUCAUCAAGAGUGGUAUAAUCAUACGCGAAAGAAAAACCUAGGUACUUUAUAAUUAAAUAAAAUGAAAAUUGACAAAAAAAAAUA